UUGCCACUCGAUAGGGUUUCCUGUCCACACCGCCGCCAUGUUCCCCAUCCACACUGCCGCCUCCACCUUCCCGAUCCACACUGCCGUCGCCACCCUGCUUGGCUCCGGCGGCCGGAGCUAGCACCGCUGUUGCUGCCCGUCCUCUGGAUCUCCUCCUCCACUCCUCUUCCCCAACACCCCAUUCACCUACGACCUCUCCAUCUUCCCGCAGCUAGCAGGCAGCAGCAGGAGAGCAUCGCCAGGAUCCCGACGCCCGGCAGUGGGGCAUCUUGCCGCCGCCACCACUUCCGCCGUUCCUGCCUGACGUCCGACGCCCUACGGUCGCGGCAUCUCGCGGCAGCCACCACGCACUCCCUUCCUACAGGAGCACGCCCGACGGCCGGAGCAUCCCGCAGCCGCCACCACGUCCGCCCUUCCUCCAGGAGAGCAGAGCACCGCGACCCCUUCCUCUACUCCCGUCCCUCCAGGAGCAUCUCGUCGCCACCACCACUUCCUGCAACAGCACACUGCACACGGCACCAUCUCUGCCACUCCCUCCUCCGGCAGCAAGGAGGACAACUCUGCUCCUUCCAGUAUGUCCGCUUCUGGUACUUCAGAGGUUGCAAGUUACAAACGUAAGAGGAACUCAGAUGACAUGGCUUGGGAAUUUGCUGUGCUGAUUGAUCCAGAUGAUCUGCAAAGAGUCAAGUGCAUUCUUUGUGGAAAAGAGAUGUCAGGAGGGGUGACUAGGAUGAAGCAACACAUAGCUGGAAUUAAAGGGACAGUAACAAGUUGUUUGCAAGCCACACUAGAUCAGAAAGCUCGAUGUAAGGUUGCACAUGAGGCACCAAAGAAGAGGAAGAAGGAAAAGCAAAAACAAGAGGAAGAAGUAGGAGCUUUGGUGACCAUAGAGGCCAAUGAAAAUGAGGAUGAUCAAGAAGAGCUCAAUGAAGUUGGCAAAGGGGCUGAAAAUGUUGUGCAAAUAGUCAUGGAUAAUGCAUCAAACAACAUGGGAGCAAAGGCGAUGUUGAAAAGUAAAAGUCCCAAGAUAUUUUGGACCUCAUGUGCAACUCACACAAUCAACUUGAUGGUAGAAGCAAUUGGGAAGUUGAAACAGUUUGCUCCUACAAUAACCAAAGCCAAGGAGAUGACAUGUUUCCUUUAUGCACAUCAUGCGACCUUGGCAUUGAUGAGGCACCAUACAAAAAAGAGAGACAUUGUUAGGCCGGGAGUAACUAGAUUUGCUUCGGCAUUUCUCACCUUGCAAAGUCUUGCUGCUAAGAGGAAGCAACUAACGGAUAUGUGUUGUAGUCCCACUUGGGAAGAUUGCAAACACACAAGAACAAAGAAAGGGAAGGUGGCUCAUGCCACAAUAAUGAGUAGGGCAUUUUGGAAAAAUGUGUCUCUUUGCAUCAAGGUUUUCGAGCCUUUGGUGAAGUUACUUCGGUUGGCUGAUAGUGAUGGGCAGUUCAUGGCCUCUAUGUAUGGACAAAUAAUAGAAACAAAGAAGGCAAUAAUGCUUGUGGUUGAAAGUUUGGAGAAGGAUUACAAGGUGAUCACAACAGCCAUGGAGAGCAAGAUGAAUGGGAGGCUAGAUACGAUAUUGCACAUGGCAGCAUAUGCCUUGAAUCCUUAUUAUAGCUAUACUACUGCAAGCAUCUUUACUGAUGUAGAAGUCAUGUCUGGGUUGAUGGAGGCUAUUGAACAAUUUUAUCAUGGUGAUGAUGACAAGCAGGAUAAAGCGCUUAACACAGACUUGCCCAAGUUUAAGAAGAAGGAAGGCAUGUUUGGGAAGGUGGCUGCCACAAGAGCCAUUACCAAUCAAAAUUACAAUGUCGGGGAGUGGUGGGCAACAUAUGGACUACAAACUCCUACCUUGAUGCACGUGCCUUUGAGGAUACUCAACUUGACCACAAGUUCAUCCGGAUGUGAAAGAAAUUGGAGCGUUUUUGAACAAGUAGAUGCAAAGAGGAGAAAUAAACUAGAUGUGCGUCAUAGGGACGAUCUAGUUUAUAUUCAAUUCAAUGGAAGAAUGCUAGACAAGCGAAAGAAGUACUCAUCAUCUUGUGAUGUCCUCCUUGGUGAAGAUGCUUCCACAGCCCAAGAUUGGAUAUGUGAAUAUGCUUACAUUGAUGAUGAGAUGGGGGAAACCGAAGAUGACAAUGCAAUGGAGCCUCGUAGAAGUCAAAGGGUGAGAGAACUACAUGAAGUGGAAGAGUUCAUUUCCGAUGAUGAAGAUGACAUUGUGCCUAUCAAUGAGGAUGAGAUAGAGUUCGAGUCUGAUGAUGAUGUGGUUGGGAAUGGGAUAGAACAAACCAGUGACAAUGGUGAGGCAGACCGUAUGGAACCUUGAAUCCUAUGCCAAUGAAAAUGUCUUAUGCUUGCUAGCAGCCUAGUACUUUAUUUUGGACUUUUGGUUGUCAGUUGUGAGAAUCAAAGAGCAAAGGAAGGACUAUGUGCUGAUUGGCAUUUGGCUGUGUGCUACUGCUAGCAAAAGUAAAGUAGCAAGAAACUAUGUUAUUUAUGUUUUCUGAUGACCUUGUUAAACUUGUUUGAACUUCGAACUAUUCUGGACCUUCUUCUGUAUUUGCUUGCAAAGCAGCAAGACUAUUAUAUGCACUACUGUACUGUACUGUUUUCAA